GGAGAAGGCAGCCCGUCAUGCGAAAGACCCAAGAGUUAGCGAGUUAGCGACACCCCGCGAAGCAACCUGCCAGCUUAUUUGGAGGAGGCCACUGCUCACUCCCGUUCCGCGCCAUCUCUGCCUGUCACAAACCUCCUUGAUUAUAUGGCCAGAAUCCUGGACGGGCCACUCUUAUCGCGGACACUGACAUCAUGACCGACGUCGCAGCCACCUUUACCAAAGAGCGACACAUCAAGUAUUUCCUCCGAUGCCUCAAAACCUUCCUUCCGAGCCUAUAUACCUCAAAUGACUCCAAUCGCAUGCUCCUCGCCUUUUUCACGGUCGCCGGUCUGGACCUGCUAGGCGUAUUACUGAGCAAGACCACCCCCGAAGAGAGACAAGGAUACAUCGAAUGGAUCUACCAUUGCCAGAUACCAACGGGCGGGUUUCGAGCAUUCACCGGAACGGAUUUCGGAGCGGAGAAUCGGACGACAGAGAACGAAGCCUGGGAUCCAGCCAAUGUACCUUCGACCUUUUUUGCACUAGAGCUCCUGCUCAUCCUGGGCGACGAUUUAUCACGGGUGAAGCGGACUGAAUGUUUACAAUGGCUCCCACAAAUGCAACGCAGUAAUGGAAGCUUUGGCGAGGUGCUUGGUCCAGGAGGGAAGAUCGAGGGCGGCGGGGAUCUACGGUUUUGCUGCUUUGCAGCAGGUACGCGAUAUAUUCUGAGAGGGAACGGUGGGAAGGAUGUGGACGACAUCAAAGAUAUCAACGUGGACAAGUUGGCGGCAUUUGUUCAGGCCUGCCAAGCAUACGAUGGUGGUAUGGGAGAGGGGCCCUUUUGUGAAGCGCAUUCCGGGCAUACAUAUUGCGCAAUGGGCGCUUUAUCCUUCCUAAACCGUCUGGCAAAAGAUCAGAAAACGCCAUCAGUCCUUUCGCCGGGUGCGAGAGAAUUUGAAUCCCUGGUUUGUUGGCUCGUUUCUAGACAAACUGCAGAGCUCGGCGGGACAGAGGACUCGGAUGAUGAGAACAGCCCCGGGGCGGACGAGGUUCACAGAUUGCCGAAGGCCGCCGAGGAGCCCAGCUCAGAUGAGGAGCCCGAUAACCUUCCUAUUAUACCACCACCGACGGGAGCGUCUUUACGAUACGCAGGCUUUAAUGGGCGAUGUAACAAGUAUGCCGACACGUGUUACUCGUUCUGGAACCUGGCGACCUUGGAUAUGAUGGAUAGACUAGACUUGGUGGAUGCCACUCGAAAUCGGCAAUAUCUCCUCGGAAAAACACAGCAUAUCAUCGGCGGGUUUGGAAAGGGUGUAGGCGAGCCACCAGACCUCCUACACUCCUACUUUGGGAUGGUCGCACUCGCGUUUCAGGGAGAAGAAGGGCUCAGCAGUGUUGAUCCAGCACUGUGUAUCAGCCAUCGGGCGGUGCAACAUUUACAGUCUCUCCCUUGGUGGAAGGAAGGGGCUUAGGGCGAUGGAUGGACGGUGGGUAGCUCGGGUGUGUCGAGUCUUGGUGUGAUGGGAGUUGUCAUAUACCCCAACCAUGCUAAAUUGGCUUCCUGAUAUAUACAUAUAAAGGGCCGAGUUAUAGCCUUAUGGUCCAUGAUGAGCCGAGAUAAUCUCCAGCGUGUCGGUGAUGUGAUGCAGUCAUCAUAUGAUCUCUUUUUUUUUUUUACCCACGAAGAACGAUAGCCUCAUGAAACGGGAUGGCAUAUCCAUACUGCAUCCGUGGGCAAGGGGCAGCCGCUAGAGGGAACUAGGGAGGCAUGUCAUAAUCCUAGACCCUAUCAGGGAGAUAUUUCGAGGUCUAUGUAAUUAGGGGUUUUGGUCGGUAAUUCGGGACGACGAGCUGAGCUGGAGCACGUCUUCUUUUCUCCGGACCGACGGCGAUGGCGAUGACGAUGC